CCGAGAUGGCCGCGUGGAGCGAGCGGCUGGCCGGCGUGCGCGGGGUGCUGCUGGACAUCUCUGGGGUGUUAUACGACGGUGGUGAGGGCGGUGGCGCGGCGAUCGCCGGUUCCGUGGAGGCGGUGGCGAGACUGAAGCGGUCCCGACUGAAGGUCAGGUUCUGCACCAACGAGUCACAGAAGUCACGGGCGGACCUGGUGGGGCUGCUGCGACGGCUGGGCUUCGAUGUCUCCGAGGGCGAGGUGACCGCCCCAGCCCCCGCCGCCUGCCUGAUCCUGAAACAGCGAGGCCUGCGGCCACACCUGCUCGUCCAUGACGGAGUCCGUUCGGAAUUUGAUCAGAUCGACACGUCCAACCCAAACUGUGUCGUAAUUGCAGACGCCGGAGAAGACUUUUCUUAUCGAAACAUGAAUAAAGCUUUCCAGGUGCUCAUGGAGCUGGAAAACCCCGUGCUUUUCUCACUGGGAAAAGGACGCUACUACAAGGAGACCUCUGGCCUGAUGCUGGACGUCGGUCCCUACAUGAAGGCGCUUGAGUAUGCCUGUGGUAUUAAAGCUGAGGUGGUGGGAAAGCCUUCCCCCGAGUUUUUCAAGUCCGCCCUGCAAGAGAUGGGCGUGGAAGCCCACGAGGCCAUCAUGAUCGGGGACGACAUCGUGGGUGACGUGGGCGGUGCCCAGCGGUACGGGAUGAGAGCUCUGCAGGUGCGGACCGGGAAGUUCAGGUGACCAGCCCAGGCCUGUGGCCACAAACCCCGCCGGGGAUGCUUCUUUAACCCCGGCCUACAGCCGACCCUCCCGAGCUCUGGCAUCAGUAACCUUGUGACCUCUGCCCUUGCGCAUCAGUAGACAUCUCCAGCCUGGCAGGUUCCAAACAGAAAGCCCUUUGGAAGUUUAAGCAAGAACAGAAUAUUUACAUAGCCUUAAACUACCCCUCUCUCAAUAUUUAACAGUUAUAGAAGGAAAAACAGGGACUUUACAGUGGACCCCGGAAGACUCACCUUAGCCAAGUCAUCAGGGCAGUCAUUACCUGCAGUGAGACAUCUGAGAAUGGGAUCACAGCCCUGGGUGCCCUUCCCCGUAAACGUGGGGAAACUCAGACGUACCACAGUGAGGAGGGAGCCGAAAGCAAAGACGAACAGACCCCAUGCACAAAUGUUCACAGCGCUGUUCUUCACAGUAGCAGAAAGGCGGAAACAACCCAGAUGUCCCCCAGCCGGUGAAUGGAGACGUGAAAUGUGGUCUUUUCUUUAUGAUGGAAUAUUAUUCAGCUGCAGAAAGGAAUGCGUUCCUGACACAUGUUACAACGUAGAUGGACCCUGAAGAGUACGCUCAGUGAAAUAAGCGGACACAAAAGGACGACUUAUUGUAUGUUUCCACUUGUGUGAAAUAUCCGGAAGAGGCAAAUUCAUAGAGACAGGAAGUCAAAUAAUGGUUGCCAGGGGCUGAGUUACUGCUUACUGGGGACAGAGUCCCUGUUUGGGGUGUUUUCUGUUUCUGAUUUUAAACCUGCUGGGGCUUGAUAGUGAUCGCGGUUGCACCGCUCUGUGAAUGUCGUGAAUGCCACUGGAUUGUGCCAUUAAAAAUGGUUACAGUAGCAAGUUCUGUGUUCUAUAUGUUUUACUGCGAUUUAGAAAAAUCAGUUAUGCAGUACCCCAAAACCCACUGAUUUCUGUA